ACCAGCUGACAUUUUCCUUCCUCAGGACCAGCUGUUCGGCAGCAUCCCGGACUAGAGCCAGGCACAUUUGAGACUUGGAUCUGACGAGAGACCGCCACAGAUUCUUCUGCAGCAAUGUCGGUGUUAGAAGAAAGCCGACCAUUUGCUCAACAGUUAUCCAAUGUCUACUUUACAAUACUCUCACUUUUCUGUUUUAAACUUUUCGUGAAAAUCAGCCUUGCCAUCCUCAGUCACUUCUACAUUGUGAAAGGCAACCGCAAGGAAGCGGCAAGGAUAGCAGCUGAAUUUUGUGGAGUAACCCAAGGACAAGGUUCCUGGGCAGAUCGAUCACCACUGCAUGAAGCGGCAAGUCAAGGGCGUCUUCUUGCUCUAAGAACUUUAUUAUCGCAGGGUUACAAUGUAAAUGCUGUGACCAUAGACCAUGUCACCCCAUUGCAUGAAGCCUGCCUUGGAGGUCACGUGGCCUGUGCCAGAUCUCUUCUGGAAGCGGGAGCUAAUGUGAAUGCAAUCACGAUAGACGGUGUGACUCCGUUGUUCAACGCGUGCUCGCAAGGCAGUGCAAGCUGUACGGAGCUUCUUUUGGAGUAUGGCGCCAAAGCCCAGCUGGAGUCAUGUCUCCCGUCUCCCACACAUGAGGCUGCCAGUAAAGGUCACCAUGAAUGUCUUGACAUCCUGAUAUCUUGGGGUGUAGAUGUGGACCAGGACAUUACUCAUUUGGGAACUCCUCUCUAUGUAGCUUGUAUGUCGCAGCAAUUCCAUUGCGUCUGGAAGCUUCUUUAUGCUGGUGCUGAUGUACAGAAAGGCAAAUGUUGGGACACUCCACUACAUGCUGCUGCUCAGCAAUCCAGUACGGAAAUACUAAACUUACUGCUAGAAUUUGGCGCAGACAUCAAUGCCAAAAACACAGAGCUUCUGCGACCUAUAGACGUCGCUACAUCUAGCAGUGGGGUGGAAAGAAUAUUGCUUCAACACGAAGCUACCCCCAGCUCUCUAUGCCAACUUUGCCGACUCUGUAUCCGAAACUGCAUAGGAAGACCAAGACUGCACCUUAUCCCACAGCUCCAGCUGCCAACGUUACUGCAGAAUUUCUUACUGUAUCGAUAAAGUAGUAAAAUAAUUCUAAAUACCUAGAAGAUCAAAAAUUUCUAUUUCACUUGCUUAAUGAAAAUUUUGUAUUAAAAUAUGCUAAUGAUAGGAUAAAAGUGAUACAAGAUCACCCAGCAAAGCAGUGAAAUAUCAAUUUUCAUUAUAAGUGCAUUAGUUAGGACUAUUGUUGUAUGCAUUUUUAUUGUCUUUGACUUAUAGCAUAUUUAUAAUAUCUAUAUAUUUUUAGCUAUUCCAAUAUAUCCUCUUGUUGAUUUAGGGAAAAAAAAUAAGAAAGUCUCCAUUUUAUGAUUUUCUUUCUGAUUGGAAAAAAUAGAACUCUUACUAAAAUUAUUCAUAUGAUAUGGUAAAAGCCUAUAUUCUUCAAAUAAUAGGUUCACUUUUUAAUUUUGGCUAUUGUAAUUGAUUAUCUCCAUUUUUGAUAAAUAAAAUGGAAGCAUGGUUUAGAAAAGAACAACUAAUAUGUUUUUUGAAAUCAAGAUGAUUCUCAUUCAGGAAAUCCACUAUGUUGAAUGUGCGUUUUUCAUUACAAAGACCAAUUCAUAAAGAUAAAUUGGCCCUUUCCCUGCAAAGAACUCACGAGUCACUUCUCCACAGUAAACGUACCUGUUACAGAAACUGGUAAGACUAACGGUCAAUACUGCCCCCUCUCCCUGAAAUGUUUAGAACACUGUACACCUGCUAAGGCUGUCAAGACCCCCUCGUUCUCAAGAGUUGCUGCUGAAGGUUUCCUGUCCAUGCUUUUAUAUAUAUUCCUCUGGCCUUCUUCCAUUUCAGAAAUCGUCAAUAGCUAGUGAUAUCUGCGCUGAAGAAAAUUAACUUCACAUCUGACUGACAGCCAGGCCCGGGAACAUUUUUCAGGGAUCAUCAGAUCAGUCCAAGGCUAUAGAAAAUGGAAGAUAAAAUACUCCUUAUAUUGUGGAGGUUUUAAAGAAAAAGUGAAGCUUAACACAUUUAGAGACCUUAACAAAUUUACCCUGUAUAUAGACCUUACUAGUGGUGUUUCUAAUUCUUUUUACACAAAGCAAGGGUUCAGAGUCUAUUGUAUUUGCAAGUACUGACAAGAGAGUGUUAUCUAAAAAAAGAUAUUGCUAAACUAGUCCUCUGCAAGGGUUGAUAAUGUGUUUAUUCUCUUCAUCUUUAACUGUACUUGAGUGGAAUAGGAAACAUAAUAUAACUUUGUGCCUUUUUUGUAGUUUAGACUAGAUGUGGGUCUAUUAUGAAUUUAGAAAUAAAAUAAUCAACAUAUGAAUCCGUGUAAAGUAAAAAAAUUGAUGAGUUUUACAGAUUUAUUAAAUUUUGAUAAAGUAAGUAUUUUGACCACUAGUUUUGACAACCCAGGGCCUAUUUUCUUCCCAGUUCUUGGCUAACUUCCCGAAACUAUGGGAAAAUAAACCGUAUAUAACUCCAAAGUCACUAAGUUUGCAUUUUGGGGAAAAAAAAUCAGGUGUGAUUAAAAACAUCUCUUUAGAUUUUCAAAACUAGAAAAGAAGCUGUGGCAUGUUUGUUAAACGAUGUAGUCUAUGUGGCCAGGAACUUUUAAAUGUCUGCUUUACAGAAUAUCUCAGUCUAACAUUGGUAAUGAAUAAUUUGUGUUAUUAUGUAUUUUUAUUAUUGAAUGACUUCAUUAAAUAUAAUUAGAUAUUAAAGCUGCCUUUUAGUAAAAACCGGUUUCUGCUAGUAAGUUCCCUGAGCUAGAGGUAAAGUCUUAGAUUGUAAGAGUAAAGCAACAUGUUUCCCUUCACUGCUGUGCCAAUAAUAGAAGUAUCAAAUAGUAAAAUGGACACUUUAAAAUUUCAGCUUAUUUGUACCCUGUAUCUUAGCUUGAGUAUGAUUGUCUUAUCAAAGGAGUAUUCUAAUUUAAAAGUAUCAUAUAUUUGUUAUUAUAUGAAAGUGUGAUUAUUAUCCAUUGGAAUAAAA